UUGAGGUCCUGGUCAAAGAAGAUCUCAAGGCUGACUCCCUCCAGCUCUGGGUCCUGGCCACACAUUAAAAGAUACAGGUGGCGAUUGAGACAUCGUGGUCCUGGCCCAUUGUGCAUGAUGGACCAAGCACACAUCUUCCCUGCUGCAUAAUACUUUUUACUGGACAGAAGUUCUUGGCUGCUCCAAAUAUUGCAUCGGAGCCUUCAGUGGGCCAGAGGGAGGCUCAUCUCUGACACAGAAGCAGAACAGCUUCUUCAUGACUUGGACAGCAUGAUAGAGGAGGUCAGACUCUGUCCUCAACAAGGCCAACUAGAUCAUUAUGGAUAUCAGGCACCAGUUGUUAGAUCUGGAGGUAGGGGUCGACCCCAAUACAGAAUCACUGGACAGCAGCUGUCAUUUCUUGCAUCUUGUGGCUUCACAGCACCUCAGAUCGCAGGAAUUCUUAAUGUUUCCUCAUCUACAGUUAGAAGACGUCUCAGACGAUUUCAGCGCAACAGGGCAUCACGGUAUGCAGAACUCACAGACAGUGCUUUGGAUGAUGUUGUUCUGGAAGUUGUUGCUGGGAAUGAACAACUUGGUCCAGAGGCUGUCCGAGCAUCACUGCGAGUUCAUGGCUUACUUGUGCAAAGGAGUAGGGUUCGUGCAAGCAUGCUGAGGACAAAUCCUGGAGCAGCUGCACUUAGGGCAGUUUUGCGGAGACCGGAGAGACGAGCCUAUCAGGUGGCAGGUCCAAAUUCGCUGUGGCACAUUGAUGGGAAUCACAAACUGAUAAGGUGGAGGAUAGUCAUACACGGAGGUGUUGAUGGAUACAGUCGCCUUGUGGUGUUCCUUCAUGCCUCCAAUAACAACCGCAGCAGUACAGUGUUGACAUCCUUCAUCAAUGCCGUGGCCAACUAUGGUGUGCCCUCCCGUGUCAGAACAGACAGAGGAGGUGAGAACAAUGAUGUCUGGUUGAUGAUGAACAUUUUCAGAGGCUUUGACCGUGGUAGUGCCCUAAGAGGAAGAAGUACCCACAAUCAACGCAUUGAAAGGCUUUGGGGUGAUCUUUGGCGUGGCGUGACCAAUGUCUACUAUGACUUAUUUCGCCACCUGGAGGAGGAAGACAUCAUUGACAUUGACAAUGAAAUGCAUCUCUGGGCUCUCCAUUACGUAUUUCUGCCAAGGAUCAACAGAGACUUGACUGAGUUUGCACAGCAGUGGAACAAUCAUGGCCUGCGAACAGAGAGACACCAGAGUCCACUCCAGGUUUUUGUUCGUGGCUGCCUUGAGCAACAAGACCGACAUUCAACUGCCAUGCUGGACAUCUUUGGGCCAGUGAAUGUUGCAACUCAUGGAGACAACGGUACACCAGCUGUUGCUGGUGUGACUGUGGGUGGAAUGGGCACUGCUGAUGAUGAUGCUGGUGGUGAUGGAGCGGACGAGCUGGGAGCACUACUUCAGUGGCCAGAGACUAUAUCUGUGCCAGACAUUAACUUCACCAUAGCUGGUCCUGUGGUUGAACAAAUACAGGCACAGUUUGAUUCUCUAAGUGGCCCUAGAACAAGCCUUGGUCUCGAAAUAAUUACUGGCUUGAUUUCUUUUAUGAACAAUCUCCAUAGAAACUAGAACUGCAAGCAAUUAUACCGGGGGGCAUGCCUCCAGCAGCAUCACUCCGUCUAACCUUGUCAUCCCUGUGUGUUC